UCGGGGAGGGGGCCCAUCGAAAGGAGGCGGGGCCUGACUUGAUUGGCAGCGUGGACCUCAGCCACUCGGAACACACUUCCGUCCCGGCUCGGCCAAGGAGCUCGAGGUCACAUGGUCCCGAGCCAACCGAGAACGGGUCGGUUGCUACGGCCCGCCUUGAUCCUGUUGCUAAGAAGGGUGGAAACGGAAGCCGAGCUCGCCGGGGUCAGAGGCCGGCUGUGUUGAUGUUGACACUAGGCCGGGCCCCGCUGACGGGCCGCCGCUACCAGAAGACACCCGCCCUCGACAGGCCUCCCAGGGGAGAAGGAAGGAAGGAAGGAAAAGGGACUCCCUCAGGACGGCUGUCUCUCUCAGGCGCCUCCCCGGAUGGCAGGCUUUCUUCACCGGUUCUUCCGCCUCCCCGCUGAGCUGUGGGGGUGAACGCCAGACGUCGUGAUCGAUCCCGUCGUCCGGGCAUUUUGGGGCUUCCUUACCCUUUUCUGAAGGAGCGGCCCCUCCGCCGCCGCCCCAUCGUCCUUCCUUCGCUUAGCCUUCUUCAUCCGGGUACUCGGGCUGGUGCCUUAGCCUCCUUCAUCCGGGCCACUGGCGUGUCCCUGAGCCCUCUCCAUCCGGGCAUCUGCUUGCUCUUUCGCCUUCUCGUACUGACCAGUUGUGAGCCCCACAUCCGGGUCCUUUUCCCCAUCCCUCGUCCGGAUUACCUGUCAGCCCUUGCCCUCGCCAUCCGGGUACUCGGUUGGUGCCUUAGCCUCCUUCAUCCGGGUACUCGAGUUGGUGCCUUAGCCUCCUUCAUCCGGGCACUUGGCGUCUCCCUGAGCCCUCUCCAUCCGGGCAUCUGCUUGCUCUCUCACCCCGCUGACCUGCCGUUAGCCCUUACAUCCGGGUCCCUUCCCAACUGUCCCCCACCCCGGGGUUACCUGUCAGCCCUUGCCCUCUCCAUCCGGGCAUUCGCUUGGCGUCUGCCGGAGCCCUCUCCAUCCGGGCAUCUAUCUGCUUGCUCUCUGGCCUUCUCCCGCUGACCUGUCGCCGGCCGUGACAUCCGGGUACCUGCCCGGCCGCCCCCCUGCGGGCUCCCUGUCAGCCCGUGCCCUCUCCAUCCGGGUCCUCCUCGCCCCUCCGCAGGGCCCGGCGCGCCCCUCCAGCCUCCGGUCAUGACCAUCCUGCCCAAGAAGAAGCCCUGCCCGGCGGCGGGGGAUGGCGACCGAGACCAGCCGGGCUCCCGCGGGGGAGUGGCGGGCGGCCCCGGGGGCGCGGGCGGCGUGGGCGGCCCGGACUCCCGAGGCUGCCCGGGCGCCGACUCCCACCCGCGAGGCCCCGGCGGCGGCCCCGGCGGAGGGGUGGGCCCGGGGGACGCGCACUCUGGCCGCGGCGGCGCCCGCCCCCGCGCCUCACCGCCGCCCCCGCCGCCCCGCUGGGGGCUCCCCUCCGCCGGCUCCCCUCCGCCGCCCAACCCCGCCGUCGGAGCCGGCGGCGACGGGCCGGGCCUGGGCCUGCUGGACCCCGCCGCGGUGGGCGAGGCGCGCGGCGGAGUGGGCGGCGGCUGCUGCUCCGGCCCGGGCCACAGUAAGCGGCGGCGGCGGGGGGGCCCCGGCGGAGGAGGAGGCGGCGGAGGUGGAGGCGGCGGCGGCCUGGGGCUCGGCGGCGCAGCCGGGCCUGGCGGAGCGGGAGGCAACAGCCCCGAGCAAGACGAGGCCGGCGCCGGCUACAACAGCGAGGACGAGUACGAGACGGCGGCGGCCCGCAUCGAGAGCAUGGACCCGGCCACCGUGGAGCAGCAGGAACACAGGUUCGAGAAGACGCUGAGAGAGAAGAAAGGGUUCAUCAUUAAACAGAUGAAGGAAGACGGGGCCUGCUUGUUCCGGGCUGUGGCUGACCAGGUGUAUGGUGACCAAGACAUGCAUGAAGUGGUCCGGAAGCACUGUAUGGACUAUCUGAUGAAGAACGCCGACUACUUCUCCAAUUACGUGACGGAAGAUUUCACCACCUACAUCAACCGGAAGCGGAAAAGCAACUGCCACGGCAACCACAUCGAGAUGCAGGCGAUGGCAGAGAUGUACAACCGGCCGGUGGAAGUUUACCAGUAUGGCACAGAGCCUAUCAACACUUUCCACGGGAUCCAUCAGAACGAGGACGAGCCCAUCCGAGUGAGCUAUCACCGCAACAUCCAUUACAACUCCGUGGUCAACCCCAACAAGGCUACCAUUGGGGUGGGGCUGGGGCUGCCCUCCUUCAAGCCAGGGUAUGCAGAGCAGUCCCUGAUGAAGAACGCCAUCAAGACGUCGGAAGAGUCGUGGAUCGAGCAGCAGAUGCUGGAGGACAAGAAGCGGGCGACGGACUGGGAGGCCACCAACGAGGCCAUUGAGGAGCAGGUGGCCCGGGAGUCCUACUUGCAGUGGCUGCGGGACCAGGAGAAACAGGCCAGACAGCCUCGUAAAGCCAGCGCUACCUGCAGCUCCGCCACGGCAGCCGCAGCCAGCGGCUGGGAGGAAUGGAGUGGCCGCUCCCCUCGCCAGCGCAGCUCAGCGUCUUCCCCAGAGCACCCAGACCUGCACAAUGAACUGAAUGCCGCCAAGCCAGCCUCCCCCGGGAGCACCACAGCUCUAGCACUUACCAAACCGCCCUCGCCCUGCGCCCCUGGUACAAGCAGCCAGCUGUCAGCCGGGGGUGGCCGAGCAACCCCUCCCUUAGUGUCGUUGUAUCCGGCCCUGGAGUGCCGGGCAAUAAUGCAGCAGAUGUCCCCCACAGCAUUUGGCCUGAGCGACUGGGAUGACGACGAAAUACUGGCGUCGGUGCUAGCCGUGUCGCAACAAGAGUACUUGGAAAGCAUGAAGAAAGGCGCCCUGCACAGAGACAGUGGUUCCGACAAGAGUUGAUAUCUCGCCGGCACCCGCUCUGGGCUCGCCUGACACCCCUUAGGUGCAUGUUUUGGCAGGAAGGAUGACAAGACCUGGGACUCUUCCCCUCCUCCACGGCUGCUAAUCCACGCUCCUUCAGCUGCUCUGCGCUCCCCUCCUUUGAGCCCUCUGCAUCUGACACCCCCCUGCUGCCCAGCGCACGGGGUGUGGGGAGGUGCAAGAGAGGGACAGGACCUCCUACCCGAGGAGCUGGAAUCCGCACAGGCUGGGGCACACCGGGCUCCCUCCUUCAUCAGCCCUUCCUUCCUUCGUUAUUAAAUGAAUGAUGGACCUGGUUCCACGCGAGCCCUCCCCACUUUGCAAGGGGGCAGUUCUGGCUUAUGGAAACGAACUGAAGUUGGAUGUAGGGGGGAGCAGGGGCAGAGGGGAGCUUUGCAAGUGGGAGGGCUGCUCUUUUUCCUUCCUCUGGAUUCUGGGGGUGCAGUAAAUAGGGUGGGGGAAGGGUUGGCAGCGAGCCGCCAUUACCUGCUCUUCCCACUAGUGUCCAGCCCCCUACAAGGACGGGACAGCGAAGUGGGAGACCGCCUUUAUCGCCACCUCCGUUGCUGAGGAGUUCUGCUGCUCACCUGUGCUAGAACCUCCCCCCGCCCCCCCGAACUGCCACCUCUUCCUCUUCUCUCCCUCUCUGUGCGUUCCUUCUGGUUUCCCUGCGGUGCCGGAUCUCCACCUAGCCCCACUGCUGCUCUUGCGCUCUCUCCUAGGUGGGGGGGGGGGGCGCUUUGGUCCUUCCUCCUUCUGCUGCCUCUUCCACUCUUGGUGUGCCCAGCAGCAGGGCGGGCGGGCGGGCAGACGCCGCUCUCCUCUCCACGCGGUGGCUCUCUGCACAGCCGGCUGGGCCUUAAUAGCAUAAUGCUGAGGCAAUGGCAUACGCUGGUGGAAAGUUGAACGGUGGAAGGGACGGGGCCAGGUGGGGCAGGGUUGGGGGCCUCCUGUGGAAAGUACUCUUUGAAUCCCAGGGUAAGGACCAGUUCUGUAGGGGGAAAGGAGACCCAGUCUCCUGGCUCUUAGACCAUUGGUGCAAAAUCUAACCCCUUGAGAGUAGAUUUCCAGCCACGCUGACCUCGGUGCGGUGUCUUCCUUGCUUCCUCCAUCUCCACGCCAGGGUCGAAGCCGAUCUUUCUGGCUGUCCUUGUCAAGGGAGGGGGACGCCCCUGCCACUCGCCUCCCUUUUCCACCUCACGCCGACUCUAAAAUCUUGGCGGGGUGGAAGUCGCUGACAUUUCUGCCCCUUGACCCUCGGAAGAUCCGAUGAGGCAGUUGAGCAGGGCAGGGGCGUAUCUGCUGCUGUCAGAAAACAGAUCCAGGGAAUCCCCACAGAAGGCUGGUUUUUAAAUAAUCUGGUGCCUGAAAUAAAGUCUGGGCAGAGUGGCCCUCCUGCAUGGCUUCUCUCUCUGUUUCUCCGUCUUCCUCUUCCUCUCUCUCUGUCCUUCCUGAGGUGGGUGGUUGUAAGUCCAGACAGGGAAUCAGUGCUAUAGCAGGCAAGCUUAUUCCCAUAAGCAACAAAAGAAAAUGACCACCCAAGCCUCUCUUGAUCAAUUGUAUGCUUUCUAUCUCUCCCCCCCCCCGGAAACUUCCCCUCUUGUGGGUGGAGCCUCUGAUUGCUUGCCCAGGUGCUCCAAUUCUCUUCUCUCCCCCCAUGUAAACGGGGAGCCCGAAGCCCCGCCCAUAGGCUGGUUUGUUACUAGCCAGAAACUCAGAUGCCUUGACCGGGAAUGCCAAAUUCUGCAAGGCUGGUGUAAGCAGAGUAAAUGAUGUAAAUAUGACUUUUAUUUGAUCUAGUAAAGCAAUCAAAUAGAUUUUGAGAUAUAUUAAAUGGAGAAUGCCCACACUGUGUACAGCA